AUGAGUGGUGAAGACAACAAAUCUAUUGAACCAUCAUCAGGUUCAUUGAUGGGAUCAGGAUCGACGAAAGUGGUGAUGCCGGCAUAUCAGCUGGCUGCGAAUGAAAACCCUGGUGCAGUGAUUGCUCAGGUACAGUUUAAUGGAGAUAAUUUUGACGAAUGGGCUCAGGCGAUAAGAUCGGCGCUUCGAGUCAAGAAGAAGUUCGGAUUCGUGGAAGGAUCCGUGAUUAGAAGAACUCUGGCUACCAAGGAGAAUCCAUACGAGUUGUGGAAGGAAAUUAAAGAUCGGUUUUCUGAGGGAAACGGACCAAGGAUUCAGGAGAUCAAAGCACAAUUGGCACAACUAAGACAAGGCAAUCUUAGUGUGAUUGAUUACUUUGGAAAGCUCCAUAUGUUGUGGGAAGAUCUCACAAACUAUGAGCCUUCACCUCGGUGCACGUGUGGGAGCUGCACCUGCAACCUGAAUGGAGAGAUUGAGAAGAAGAGAGAAGAUGAUCAUAUCCAUCACUUUCUUUUGGGACUUGAUGAUGCGAUGUAUAGAGCAGUGAGAGCCUCAAUAAUCAGUUCGGAUCCUCUCCCGAAUAUGAAUCAGGUCUAUCCAAAGGUGAAGUCAGUGGAGAGAAUUGAGACAGUGACAAGAGCCAGAGAGAGUCAGAGCUCGCAGGUGGCGUUUGCUACUCAGACUAGAACCACUGGAUCUCUUGGCGUGGAAGACAAGAAAAAGCUUGUUUGUACAAGCUGUAAGAGGAACGGUCACACGGCCGAGACUUGCUUCGAGUUGAUCGGUUUUCCAACCUGGUGGGGCGAAAGGCCACGACCAGCUGGACGCGGAGGAGAAGCAGGUCGCGGAGUGGGACGUGGACGUGGAGGAAUGGUGCGUGCUAAAGUUGCCAUGGUGAAUGCUCCGGAUGAGACAAGUGGAGACACAGGAUCGCGUCUCAAUGAACACAAGUAUGUGUUGCCAUGUUCUGUUGGUUUGCCAAAUGGAACUCAGAGUUUGAGUAGGGAGAAAGGAACAGUUGUUUUUGAUGAAGAGUUUAAACUGAAAAACGUGUUUGUGCCUGGUUUGAAAUGCAAUCUGAUUUCAGUUUCGCAGCUUAUUGAGGACUUAGAUAUGGUUAUGCACAUUGCUAACAAAGGAUUUGUGAUUCAGGACCGUACAACAAGGAGCCUGAGUGGAGUGGGGGAGCUUAGAGAUGGGCUCUACUUCAUUCGUCGCUUAACAAGAUUUAAUGCUUUCCGGUUGAAUAAGGACGAGGCUGAAGAUGUUUGGCAUUAG